AUGCGUGCCUUUAUCGUCCUUUGCAUCGUAGCUUUGGCCAGCGCCGACAAGCUGGGCUACAACUAUCAGCCAGUGUCCCAUUCCGGUUCGGGACUUUCCUUCCAACCCGGUGCAGCGGCCAGUAAUGAUGCACCUGCCUUCGCUGCGGGACCUUCCUUCGCUGCGGGACCUUCCUUCUCUGCGGGACCUGCCUCGUCUGGCGGUUCUUUUGGAGGCCCCAUUUCUGACUUUGGUGGCCAAGUUGCCGCUCCAUCCGCCGAUGCUCCCAACUAUGCUGCUGCCCAACCCGAACUAGAGAAGGAAUUCUUCACUUACACAGCUGACGAGGGUGAUUUCUACGAUCCAGCUGCCUCUGAGAAGGUUUCGAGCGCUCUUAACAAGGCUCUGCGUGUUGUCUUCAUCAAGGGACCCGAGAACCGUGGCUUGGAGGAUGCCGCUUUGGCUUUGGCCAAACAGGCUGCCCAACAGGAGACCGCCAUCUAUGUCCUCAACAAGCAGGCCGAUAUUGGAGAUUUGGCAGGCAAAUUGAAUGCCAUCCGUAACAACAACAACAACAAACCCGAGGUUCACUUCGUCAAGUACCGCACUCCUGAGGAUGCUGCCAAUGCACAGAAUGCUAUUCAAUCGCAAUACGAUCAAUUGGGUGGACGCUCAUCCAACCACGAUGGUGGUGUGGCCAGCUCCUUGAACUUUGCUUCUCAACCAGCUCCAGCCCAGCUUAGCCACGAAGCUAGCGCUCCUGGUCCCAGCUACUUGCCUGCCAACAUUUUCCGCCGUUUCCGUUAUUAA